GCACUAGCAGCCCUGCUAAACGGUUCAGUUACCUGUAACCCACAGUUGAAAAAACACUACUCUAGACAAGAUGUGGCUGCUUUCUCUGGUCCUCUAUUUUCUCACUACUAUCUCUGUGCAGGGGCAGCAAUCCUCAACACCUGUAGUGGACACUCAGUAUGGAAAAGUCCAAGGCAAACGUGAAAGCCUACAAGGAUUUGACAAAAUCGUCAAUGUUUUCCUGGGUAUCCCUUUUGCCAAAGCUCCUCUUGGACCCCUGAGAUUUACUCCACCACAACCUGCAGAAUCCUGGGACUACGUAAAGAGCACAACUACUUACCCACCCAUGUGUGCCCAGGACCUAGUUUCUGGACAAUUACUUUCUGACCUUUUUACCAACCGGGAAGAAAAAAUUUCCUUGAAAACAUCUGAAGAUUGUUUAUACUUAAACAUUUAUACCCCUGCUGACCUAUCAAAGAAGAGCAAGUUACCUGUGAUGGUGUGGAUCCAUGGAGGGGGUUUGGUGGUAGGUGCUGCAUCAACCUAUGAUGGUCUGGCCCUUGCAGCCCUUGAGGAUGUCGUAGUGGUGGCCAUUCAGUAUCGCCUGGGAAUUUUUGGAUUUUAUAGCACUGGAGAUGAACAUGCCCGGGGAAACUGGGGUUACUUAGAUCAAGUGGCUGCACUUCAGUGGGUCCAGGAGAACAUCGCCAAUUUUGGAGGAGACCCAGGCUCAGUCACCAUCUUUGGGGAGUCAGCAGGAGGUUUCAGUGUUUCAGCAUUGGUUUUAUCUCCUUUGACCAAAAACCUUUUCCACCGGGCUAUUUCUCAGAGUGGAGUUGUCUUAAUGGAUUGUCUGUACAAUUCCAGUCUCACAGCAGCAACUGAGAAAAUUACAAGUUUUGCUGGGUGCAAAACAGUCACUUCAGCCAGCAUGGUUCACUGUAUGCGACAAAAGUCAGAAGAGGAACUCCUGGAUGUAGGUUUGAAGAUGGGAUUAUUUGGUCUGGAUUUCCUAGGAGACCCUUCAGAGAAAAUUACUUUUCUAUCUGGAGUCAUUGAUGGAGUAUUUUUCCCUAAAAGUCCUGAAGAGCUUCUGGCUGAAAAGAAGUUCAAUCAUAUCCCCUAUAUUGUGGGAAUCAACAAUCAUGAAUUUGGCUGGAUUCUUCCAACUAUGAUGGAGUUCCCUCUCUCACAAGGCAUACCAGACCAAGAAACAGCAUCAGCAUUGUUGUGGAGCUCCUACCCACUUGUUAAAAUCCCCAAAGAUCUUACUGCUACUUUAACUAAGGAAUAUCUUGGAAUGACAAAUGAUCCUAUAAAAAAGAAGGACCUGUUUUUAAACUUGAUGGGAGACUUGAUAUUUGGAAUUCCUUCUGUAAGGUUGGCUCGACUUCAUAUGGCAUCAGGUGCACCCACAUACAUGUAUGAGUUUCAACAUCGACCAAGCUUCUCAACCAACCUAAAACCAGAGGAAGUGAAGGCAGAUCAUGGAGAUGAAAUUCCCUCUGUCUUAGGGGCUCCAUUUUUGAAAGAAGGCUCACUAGAGGAAGAAAAGAAACUUAGCAGAAUUGUGAUGAAAUAUUGGGCCAACUUUGCUAAGAAUGGAAACCCUAAUGGAGAAGGACUGCCAAACUGGCCUGUUUAUAAUCAGAAUGAAGACUACCUCCAAAUUAACAUCACUCCCAAAGCAGCCAAAAAGCUGAAGGAGAAAGAAGUAAAAUUUUGGACUAAACUCAUGUCAAAGGAACUAGUUGGAGUGAAGAGAGAACAUAUUGAGCUUUAAUCUGGUGAGAUCUGCCAUCAGUUGAUAAAGGAACUUCAGUAUAUCUUAAUGGCAAGAGGUUUUGGUUUUGCUUGGCAUGGAUGCCUGGCCCUUUGGUGGUAAAAGAGCUUCUCAGCAUGGAGGUGGAGGGAAAAAAAAAAACAUACAGAAAUACACACCAUUAACCUGAUGAGGGGAGAACAAUAUAACAUAAGCACUGGAAACUAUGAGGAGCCUAAGAUGACUUUCCUCUCUGAAUGCUUUUAGUUGGUAAAGCUGACUUUCUUUGUGUUGUACUAAAUAAAAACCACUUUGCUUGGAA